AGCCAAGGAGUGGAGCAUGAGAGGAGCUGUUGUACCUGCUGCUCUCACUGCUCAAAUAUUAACAACGGGUUUCUGGGAACCGAUGCCGCUGCUCUGGGACAAGCCCAAACUGUGGAGGCAGCCGGGCUCAGUGGUUUGUGGCAGUUUGCCGCUGCUGCUUGGAGGCACCGCUGCUUCUAAUUGUCUGAUGGAAGCGGAGGUCAUAGAGCCUGAUCCACAGGCGAUGGAGCUCAUGGGCAUGACGCCGCCGGGGACACACUCGGAGGUAAACGGAGACUUGCCGGGUACCCCAUACCUGAGGGACGGGAUGGUGGACGUGAUGGAGAGUCCGGCGAGCGAGCCUGUUGUGCUGCAGUAUCCUGCUGAGUACAGCCACGAGUAUGGGGAGAAGAUGCCGUUCCACCACGUGACGGCAGGCCUGCUCUACAAGGGGAACUACCUGAGCCGCUCGCUGUCGGACAGUGACAGCGAUGUGCUGGCCAGCAUAUCCGUGGAGGAGCUUCAUGAGAUCCGGGAGGCGUUUAAGGUGCUGGAUCGUGACGGGAACGGGUUCAUUUCCAAACAGGAGCUAGGUAUGGCCAUGCGCUCUCUGGGCUACAUGCCUAGUGAGGUGGAGCUGGCCAUCAUCAUGCAGAGACUAGACAUGGAUGGUGAUGGACAAGUUGAUUUUGAGGAGUUUAUGACGAUCCUUGGACCCAAACUCCUGUCGUCUGAAACGAGAGAAGGCUUCCUGGGCAGCACAAUAGAUACCAUCUUCUGGCAGUUCGACAUGCAAAGAAUCACUCUGGAGGAGCUGAAACACAUCCUGUUUUACGCCUUCCGCGACCACCUCACCAUGAAGGACAUUGAAAACAUCAUCAUCAACGAGGAAGAGAGCCUGAAGGAAAACUCUGGGAACUGUCAGACAGAGUUUGAGGGAGUUCACCCUUCAAAGAAGAACCGUCAGACGUGCGUGAGGAAGAGUCUCAUCUGCGCUUUUGCCAUGGCAUUCAUUAUCAGCGUCAUGCUCAUCGCGGCCAAUCAGAUGCUGAGGAACGGCAUGGAGUAGCUGCACCCACUGUGAGCGGGGGAACAAGCCAGCCUGCAUGUGCAUGCCAGUGGGUGUGGUCAUUUCCCUGUUGAUAGGAAAAGAACUACAAGGAAUAACACUUAAAAUAACCAUCGACAAAGUCCAUUUUAAAAAUUACUCUUAGUUUUUUGAAACGAGUGGCGUCUCACCACCUGACAUCCAAUGAAACUGUGAAGCCAGCAUGAGGAGUCAUGCAGGACUCCUCCCCCUUUACUCUGUCAGGGACAUUCAAGGGCUGACAUUACACAUAAUACUCUGUUGUGUCUGUUUCCCUGAUGCAAUAAAAAAAUUGAGUGCAGGAGAUCAGAGCUGCUUGCUUUUCCAAGCAGGCCAGAUGUGACUGGAGAUGUGUCACCCACCAGGAGUCUGAUGAGCUACCAAGGCUGCAGUCUGGGCCCUGAAAGGGAAUUAGAGAAAGGGAACAAUUGCCGUCUUAUUAUAGUUCCUGGAAGCAUGAUGGCAGUCCUCGCUGCCACUCAAGCUGAAGGAUCUGAACGCGUCAGGCCACAGCUCCUGCAGCUCCCAGGGUGCUACGAUACUCCAGCUCUCCGACUUUCUAUUUUCAACUACUGCGUCUGUGAGCUGAAGUGCUGGCAUCAGUUCAUCAGCCCCAUAAACCAAGCAGUCAAGUGAACAAAAUGUUAAAUGGUAACUCCAGAAGUGGUGUUUUGCCCUUCUGAUAUUCAUGAAUAAACACAGAAGCUCUGGAAGUUUGGUUUUAGAUUGCCUCUUUCUCCUCACCACUGUUGGGUGAACACUGUUCAAGGUGCAAAGAAAAGAUUUCUGUGUCCUAUUAAAAGGAAAAAAAAAUCCACCAUUUCAAUGAUCAAACUGUUAUAUUUCAUCUCUCGGUGGUGUUCAGUGCACUCCAGGAGUUAUUUUGCAAGGUGAUUGAGUUCAACUUUCUCUCAGUCAGCAUUCUUUCUGCCUCAAUUGGUUAUUUCCUAUGUUUCCCAAAAUGACUUUGGACAACCCCCCAGAUAGCAAGUGUGAAACUAUUGCAUUCAAAGACAAUCGUAAGAGCAAAAUAGCAAGAGGUUUUCCAGUCAACAAAACCUUACUCUAAAUUCAGCAUGUCUUGUGGCUGUGAUGCAUUCUGGCUCCCUGACAGAUUUGAGAGACCUGUAUGUGUGUUGAUGCCAUUACGAAAUUAAGCUGAUACUUAAACAUUUUUCAUAUUAGUUUGAAAAUAUAUGUGAUACCACAUCAUCUGCGGUGGCCAGUCGUCCAUGGAAAUAAAAACAAUUACCUUAGGGAUCAAAGGCAUAUCACCACCAACACAGGAUUUAUCUUUUAACAGUGUUGAAGUGCUUCAGGGUGGAUUUUGUUUUUUCCUUCAAAUCCCAACAAAUAUAGUUAAUGAUUUACAGCGUAGUGCUGUGAAAAGUUGAAUCCCCUUUAGUUUCCUACAAAAGCUGUUGCGCUCAAAAACAACUCUAAAAUCAAAUCAUUUAAACUUUUUGCCUUUUGUCUGUUUUGUUUACUUUAUAUUAAGUUAUACUAUUUUCUUAAUGUAGGAUUUUUUAACAGUUUCAUAAAUUUCAAAUAUAACAUUAAAAUAAUAAAGUGUGCAAAACUAAGGCAGCAUUUGAUUUGUCCUCUAUUUUUUAUCAACAUUUCAUUUCUUAUGUUUUUUUUAUUAAACAUAUAACAUAUACAAAAACAACUCUUAAUCCAUUAAUGUGUGACUCUUUCUGUAACAUCUUAAAAAAUUGAAUUGAAUACAUCCUUCAACCAAAAUUCUGCAACGAUUUCUUACGCUAAAAGAAAACCGUGACAUGCAUACUUUUUUAUUUACUUUCUUUCAUUUUUUAAAAUAUGAAACUGUUCCCAUUUGUGUGAUAGAAGACAAUGCAAAGACCACAGAUGAAGAAUUUUGAACCAAGACAAAUUCUGUAAAAAAUUAGGGGCCUUGCAAGCUUUCUCACAGCACUGAAUGAUUUCAAGACACAUCUUGACUUGUUAAUUCUCGCUGAGGUCGGCUCUGAACUCCUGCACUGACUCUCAUCUCAACAUGUAAACCCAGCCAGGGGUCACAAACACCCAUGUUAUCAAGUGCAUGCGAUCAAGUCAGUGUGUUCUGUAAAUACUGUAACCCACGUCUGAAGUGUCUCAAGUGUCUGUUGAAGGUGUACAGUAUCCCUGAAUGUGCAUGACUGUCAGUGCUCUCUGCUCACUGGGGUUCAGAGGUGCAGGGAGGGAGAUCAGCAGAUAGAGAGGUACCUGCAUCAUUACAAACACAUCAGACGCAGGCGGCAAAUGCCCUUUCUGCUCCCUCUGAACACUCUUGCCAAAGCCAUAGAACUCCGCAGAGGUGGACCAGACAACACAAUAUAGAUGCUUUUCUCUGUUCCUACAUGGAAAUACAAGAUCAAUCUGGCAUUUUGUGGCAGACAUGUGUCCGUCAUGUCUGAUUUUAUUUGUCCUUGUUAUUGUUUUUGCACUGUACCUGUCAUCCAUUUUAGUGAAAUGACAAGGAGCGCUGUAUGUUUGUGUGAGAGUGCCAUCUAGAGGUCAAGUGAGUGCACAUUGUCCAUGUUGUCCCACUACAGUGUGUGUUGUUAGCAUUAUAUUCACAAUGUCUGGCAAUUGUUGAUCUUAAAUGUUAAAAUAUGACAAUUUCUAUUUAUUUAUGUAUGUAUGUAUGUAUGUAACAAUGUGUGUAUGUGUGUAUAGGUUGACUUUGAUCUACCAACACUGUGGGUAGAGCAUUACUUAUUUGAACACAGUGUAUUUAUAGGAAUAGAUUAGUUGCCUAUGGCAGAAAAAAGUCCUCUUGAAUUUGUAGAAGGUUUCAUUCACAGAUAAAUUACCAAUAUUACAUUUUGGAGACAGUCUAAAAAACCUUGUAGGUCACACUGGUUUUGAUUUCUUUUUAAUCUGAAAAAGUGACACUGAUUAAAAGAUUUUUUUCUUUUUUUCUUGCAGUAGUGGUGGACAUUUCCCACCAAAUUCACAGCUAACCACGGUUGGCAUGUAGGGGCGUGUAGUGUUUUAUCGUUAAUUUGUUCUUUGAGAAGAACUUUCUCUUUUAAAUUGUAUUUUCAUUUGUGUAUGUUUUUGGGGAUUUUAGUUACAGUUACUGUGGUUACAGUUUUACUGUAAACAAACUGUACCGGCCCCUGCAGAACGGUUGCAUGUCUAAAGAGGUUUUUUUGGAGGGGAAACACACAGUGUCUCUUUAGUAGCAUGGUGAUUGGAUCCCACAUGUUUUUGUUAUGUAACUUUGUAGAUAGCUAAUAACAUAGCAUAUGUAUUAGACAAGCACACACUAUACAUACUUUGCAUGUGCAAUAUUUAAACAUGUAGGCUAGCUAAAGACUUUGAGUUGUACUAUUUAUUAAAGUUAUAAUAAUUAUGAAAUUGUAAAUACAGAAAUCUGUACAAAAGUUAAAGGAUUAAGCAUUGAUACAAUAAAACAAUGUUUUUUAAA